AUGAACAACUCCACCACUACACCCGCCGCCGCCACCAUCACUCAAGUCUCCCCUGAGUCUUCUCCGGCGGUUCCGUCUGAAAGCUCCGGUGACUCCGCCCUCACCCCCAUCCUCUCUGUACUGGCCUUCAUACUAAUCCCCAUCUUGAUUUACGCCGUGAUUUUCUCCAUAAGAUGCCCUCGCAACCCUUUCCGGAGCGCAGACGAGCCCUCCAAGGAGCCAAAGACCGAGAAACAACGCCUGGAAUUGGUUUCAACGGUGAAGUACAAGAGAGAGUCGCCGGAGAAUGAGAGCGGGGCCGAGUGCUCGGUGUGCUUGUCGGCGUUCGUCGACGGAGAAGAAAUCAGCGAGCUAAAUGAUUGUAAGCAUACGUUUCACGCCAAGUGUAUUGCCACGUGGCUCCGUUCUCGCUCUACGUGUCCGAUUUGCCGGACUUCUUUGCCGGUGAAGCGUUCGCGGCGGCCUCCGAUCAAGAACGAUGACGACCUCCGACAAGGUUUGCCUGACGCUUCUAAUUUGGUUUGA